AUGAAAACAGGGCAUGUCCCGCUGACGCAUCUACUUCUUGUUUUCAUCCUUUUUUUGCUUAUUUACCGAAGCAGCCAACAAAACGAACCGCAGAUAUGUAAACAGUGCAGCGGGACGUUGCAAAAUGAUUCCUUUGUGGGUCAGUUUUGCUUUUCAUACGCUGGUCGUAUUGAAGGACGCUGCUGCCUUGGAAAUGAAACGAGGGGCCGUCAACGCAUUACCGGGGUGGAUUUGUCUAAUUGCAACUUAACUCACGUGGACAAUCUUCAGGAUGCAUCUGCUGCUUUAAUAAUCGAUCUGUCGUCGAACGCCAACGUCAACGUGAGCGACUCGGCGUUUGAAGGAUUUCGCAAUCUGAGUUACUUGAUUUUGCCUGCAGAUAUAGCAUGUCCUGGUGGGAAUUCUUCCUGGGAUAGGGUGGAGAUAAGAGAGGGAAAGCACUUUUGUGAAGGCCAGAGGAACAUGUGUAAUCAGCCUGGGAAGAUGUCUGCUGACUGCCCCGAGUACUCCCGGUGCGAUCCGUACGGGCCUGGCUUCUUCGAAUGCAACUGCGCUGACAACUAUCAUGGAUACAAGUGUUUGCGUGAGGGGAAGUUUCCAGUCUUUCAGGUGUUCGGAUCUCUGGGUGCCUCCACAUUUGUGCUUUCCUUGUUGUUAUGGUUCACCCAGAGGCGAAAGGCAAAGUCUCUGUAG